AUGAAUCGCUUACCACCCGUCGCCAGCCUGAUGUCUCCUCCAGAGCCAAAGCCCCACGAUUCCUUUAACCGAACCCUCUCGCCCUGCGUGUCACAGCAGUCCUCCUUCGAAAGAGAAAACAAACUACCCCCAAUCUCGGAAGAUCGCAAAAGAAAGCAGUCAGAGAUGAUGGAUCUGCCAUCGCCACCCGUCACACCAUACGUCGAGAACAAGAAACAGCGUACCGGCGACGACGAGCCGGUCGAUAGAGAGGGUGGCACGGUCAGCAACAGCCGGGAUCCCGUCCUCUUCCCUCGCUCUGAUGAGAGUUCUACCGCCAUCCCGAACGACGAGCCACUCUUCAGCUCUGACGAGGCCACUGUCGCUGGCAUUGACGAACACAUCGCCACCAACUCAUACAAACUCCAGCUGCCGGAGAAGAUCCAACCGCCAAGCCGUCAUGAGUAUCUCUACUUCUGGUCCUGGGUCACCACACAGUACAAUGCAAACCCAGCCGCGUAUGCCAGAGAUGAACGAGCACGCUUGGACCGCCAGAUGUCCAUGAUGAAGCAGUAUCGACCCAUCGUGCCGUCGUCGACCAGCAAACUCAAGACCUUGGCUCCUGCUCCACAGUCAAAACGCAGGCCCAGCAGCUCGUCUCCUUCCUCCAACGAGGUAUCCCGGCCUGCUCGUCCAUCACGGGCUAGACGCACCCCCAAGUCGACGCCAAAGUCAAAGCCAGGAGAGUCGUUCGACCAGUUGCCCAAGCCAACCCGUGUAAUCGGUGCAAACCGUGACGAGACAGACUACCGCUUGCUUCCUAAUUUCUGUCCACCCAUUGAGACCCUCCGCGGCAAUACCAAGGGCCUCAAGGCCGACUGGAAGGGCCAAUUGCUCGAUCUCUCAGCUGACCCAGACCGAAAUGCCCUUGACCCUGCAGAGAUUAGCCUUGCUUCCACCUUACGCCUCUCUUGUGCUAGCUACCUCGCUAGUAAGCGCCGCAUCUUCGAGGCAAGAGUCAACGCAUUGCGAGCAGGCAAAGAGUUCCGCAAAACGGACGCUCAGCAGGCGUGUAAGAUCGACGUCAACAAGGCGAGCAAGUUAUGGACCGCAUACGAGAGAGUCGGAUGGUUGGCGGAGGAGCAUUUCCUCCAGUACAUCUAG